ACAAUAUAUUUGAAAUUUUACAAAAAACUAAUUAUUGAUACAACCUUUUCAUCGACAUUCGAAAUAUUUCAGCAAUACAUGCAAAAUUAUGUUUAUUAGAUUUAUGAAACAUAACAUUGUAUCGAAUUGAAUGUAAUAUCGAGUAUUAUAUUAUCGAAUAUUAUCUUGAUAUUUCAGUUAUUCAUAGCUCUAUUUCAUCAUCAUUUAAUUAUCGAUGUUACUUGUUCACGUUUGUUGUGUCACUUGAUUCAGUAUUCAGAAGUAACGUUAGAUAACGUGCCUCUAUUGAUUUGUCAGUACGGGUAAUGGAUUUCGAUGCAUAACACAGAAUGCCAUGGAACGCAUCCGUGUGGUUGCCAGCAAGGGAUUAAUACGGCUAUUAUGGAACGACAGUUACUGCAAAUCAUCCACCUCAGAGACCAUGGAUACCAUUGACAAGACCGAAUAGAUCGAGACCAACGUGUAUAUUCACAGUAAUGUGUUAUAAUGUACUGUGUGACAAAUACGCGACAAGACAGAUGUACGGUUAUUGUCCAAGUUGGGCGCUUGAUUGGGAAUAUCGAAAGAAAGGAAUUCUCGACGAAAUACGACAUUAUGCCGCGGACAUAAUCAGCUUGCAGGAGGUCGAGACGGACCAAUUCUAUAAUUUUUUCCUGCCAGAACUUAAACAUGAUGGUUAUGAUGGGAUCUUUUCUCCAAAAUCUCGAGCGAAAACAAUGGCGGAAAAUGACCGUAAAUACGUUGACGGCUGCGCUAUAUUUUAUAGGACAGCUAAAUUUACACUGAUAAAAGAGCAUUUAGUUGAAUUUAACCAAUUGGCAAUGGCGAAUGCGGAAGGUUCUGACAAUAUGUUGAAUCGAGUCAUGCCAAAAGAUAAUAUUGGAUUGGCUGCCUUGCUUAGAACCAAGGAGGCUGCUUGGGAUAACGGUCUUCCAUCUGAUCCAGCACAAGUUCAACAACCAAUUUUAGUUUGCACAGCACACAUUCACUGGGAUCCAGAAUUUUGUGACGUUAAAUUAAUACAAACAAUGAUGCUCAGUAAUGAAUUACGUUCCAUUUUGGACCAAGCUGGCCAGUCUUUCAGACCUGGUCACAAGCCUGAUUCUUCUAAUGUUCAAUUAUUACUUUGUGGUGAUUUCAAUUCCUUACCUGAUUCUGGUGUAAUUGAAUUUCUUACUUCGGGACGAGUAGCGGCUGAUCACCGUGAUUUUAAAGACUUAGCUUACAAAUCAUGCUUACAAAAGAUCUCUGGUUGCGAUAAACCUAAUGAAUUUACUCAUUCUUUUAAACUUGCAUCUGCAUAUAGUGAAGAUAUUAUGCCCUAUACUAAUUAUACAUUCGAAUUCAAAGGUAUAAUAGAUUACAUUUUCUAUUCGAAACAAAGCAUGGUACCAUUAGGACUUUUAGGUCCUUUAAGUGCAGAUUGGUUUAAAGAACAUAAAGUAGUUGGUUGUCCACAUCCACAUGUUCCAUCUGAUCAUUUUCCUUUAUUAGUGGAACUCGAAAUGACACCAACAGUAGGAACAAGCAAUGGAUUGAUUUCACGCAGGUAGCAACCGCUGCGAUCUAGGCCCAAGUAACUAUAAGGGAAUAUUAAAUGAUAAUAAAAAAGAAAUCCCCAUCACAUUUUCUCUUACUUCUGGCUCUAGCAAUAUCACUCGCAGUCGACAGUUACUUCAAUAGCGAAUGUUACAAAUACUCCAUAUUACCGCACAUUCAACAAGUUAUUAGAUAUUGAUGAAUACAUAAUUCUAAUGACCAGGUGAAGGGAGGUGUGUUGUAAUGCGUUUAGCCCAUGUAUAGUGUAUUGCAUUUUUAAGAACUUUCCCAUAUUAAGAGUAUUUUAAUCUUUAUCAUCGUAAUGUAGAUACCUAUUUUCCUACAAAACUAUAUUCCGAUCAAGCCUCUGUGAUAUUCACAUUAACAAUUGGAACAAUUUCACAUAUUUAUUAACAAAUUAGUAUCUACUAGAAAGUCCUUAAUCUCUUCCUAAAUGUCAUUACAACAUUCUCCAAGCCAACUUUUUGAUAAGAAUGCUGCCAUCCAAUGAGAAAUUGUAUUUUUAAACAAAACAAAAACAAAAAAUAUGAAAACACACUAUACUGGGCUGUGCGAAGUGAUUGGAGUUAACUUAACAAUUUCAAUGCAAGUACAAAUCUGUUCUUAUUGGCCACGUAUAUUGAGAAUGAUAAUGUUAUAUAAGGAAAUAGAUAAUAUUGUAGCGAGUGUAUUUGUAAGUAUAAUAAUAUAAUGAUGUUCAUCAUUCAUAGUAUUCUGAAAAUCAGUUGACAUUUACUCAUUAGAUAUUCAGUUCCAGUUAUUAAUAUAAAUAACAAUACUAAUUUACUACUUGUUAAUUCAGUUGCAUUUAAUGCAAAUUGUAUAGCAAAAUUUGUAUUUUCUUUUGUUACUUCAUAUUGCACAUUUUUUUCUUUAAAUGUAUAUAAAGUUAAACCAAUAUUUUUUUUCUUUAAAUUUUUAAUUUAUAAGCAUUAUAAUAUAUAUAAUAAAUAUAAUAAUUUUUUACUUUAUUAACAAUUACUUUAUUAAUAAUGAACUAAUUAAAAUUUAUAAUUUUUAUUUAAUAUGAUUUAUGCAAAAAUACUACUAAAAUUUUAUUCCUUUACUUUAUAUACAACAUUUGUUUCUGUACUGAAAGUGUACACAAUGUCAUUUAUAUAAAUAAUGAAUAUAAUUUAUCAUAUAUAUACUAUAUAUAAUUUACUAUAUUACAAUAAAUUUUAUUGCUCUAAAUAAAUUUCUUUAAACAUUUUAUAAAUAUUUUAUUAGACUUUCAAUAGAAGAUUUAAUUAAAAUUUUUUCAUAUCAAAAUAUUAUAUGCAAUAAAUAAAAUUAUUAUAAAAUAAAUAUAGAAAUUAUUUUUAAUUAAUUAUUGAUCAAUAAAUAUACAUAUGAAAUUUUAAUUUUUUCAUUAAAAACAAAACUUGUAUACGAAAAUCACUAAUUUCAUACUCAUUAAGAUUACUUAUAUGUAUUUAUAUACUUAUUAACAUUUAUAAUGACUAGUGUUCCUAUCUUAUGAACAAAACGGCACUAUUGAUAUACUGUAUAAUUUUCAUAAUAAUAAUUCUCACUUAUCUUCUAUUAAUGUUGGAUAAAAAUCUCAAACAUCAACUGAAUUAUACAAGUAGUACAUAAUUAGUUUAACAAAGACAUGUGUGUAGUAAAUGUUGUAUAAAGUAGAUAAUUACAAUAUAGUUUUAAUUAAUGAAAAUAGAAGUGGCAAUCUCUAUUUGUAUAUGCAUUCACAAAUAAACAUAUAAUAAUUGAAAAAUAUACACAAAAUAUUUUAGGAUAAUUAUUUAUAAUUUUAGGUCUGUAUUGCAAUUUCAUUUUCUUAUUAAAAAAGUCUUGAAUUUAAUUUGCUUUUAAAACUUACCUUAAUAUUAAUGAGGUAAAUGAUACCUGAUGCUAAUAUUUUUUAAGACAAAUUUUUUUUUAAAUGUUAGUACUCACAAUACUUUUAAACUCUGUAUAUUUUUUUGUUCGACUAAUGUAUCAUUACAAUUACUGAAAUUAUUUUUGUCAAAUAAUAUAAAAUUCUUCGUAAUAAAAUAAAAUUUUUUUGAAUGCGUAUUAAUUUUCAAAUGAUAUUAAAUAUUAAAUCAUAUAAUUAUAUUUUAAUUAAAAAAAUACCUGUAUCUUCUAUGUGAAAGAAAAUCAAUAUGAUAUUUUUUAUGAUAUUUAAUAUUUUCAAAAAUAGAUUUUUCUUAAAAGCAUAAUAUUCGAAAUAUUUUAUUUUAAAUUAUUAUUUUACUGUUUUCAUAUACAUACAUAACAUGUUUAUAUAUAUAGGUAUUUUUUAAAAUUUCUGUGUAUAAUUUUUAAAUAUAAAAUUUAAAUUUCAAGAUAUACUUUUAUAUGAAGUUAAUUGAUAUUUAAUUAAUAUUUUAAUUCGUGAAUAAACAAUUAUAUUUUAUUAUAAAAUUAUUAAAACAAAACAGAAAAAUUAGUAAUUUAUUUAAAAUAUCAAUAAAAUAGAUAUGUAAUAUUUCUUUUAAUGAUGAUGAAAGCAUUAGGUAAAUGAACACAUGUUUUCAUGCAUUUUGGCUAACAUAAAGCCUAUGCCAUAGUAUUCAAAAUAGCUGUGUUAAAUAAAAGCUCAGAAAGAUUUAUAAUUAAUAUCAUAUUUUAAUUUCUUAUAUUCCAUGUACUUUAAUUGAAAUACUUUGGUUCUUAAAAAAUUUGUUAUUCAAAAUAAAUGAAUGAUAUGCAAUAUAAAUUAAUUUAAAUUAAUAUAUAAAGAAUAAAAAAGAAUAUUAAAAAAUUAAGUAUAAAUACUUUAUUAACUAAUUCAUAGCAAAAUAUAUAUAAUUAUAUAAUUAAUUACAAAAUUUAUAUAAUUCAAAUCAAUACAAUUUUAAACAAUUAUAUAACAAAUUAAGAAUCAAAGUUCUUCAGAAUAAUAAUACUUUUGUUAUAUUUUUGCUGAUAUGCAUUCAUAUAAAUUAUAAUAUGAACUACAUUUUAAAAAAUAAGCAUAAUGUCAUUUUUGUUUUAAAAGUAUAUAGUUUUAUUCAACAUAAAAAAUAGUACUCUUACAAAAAUCUUCAGUAUGUUUUAAACAGUUCGAUGAAUUCUUCUAUAAAAAUUUAAUAGUUCAUUUUUACUUGAACAAUUAAUAUUCAUGAAAUAUAAAUGUUACUCUUUAAUGAUAUUACAAAAAAAAAUUUAUAUGAUGUCAUAUUUUAUAUAUUAUAAAUAUCAAUAAUUUUUUUAAAAAUAUUAUAUUCAUGUUUAAUAAAUUGUAAUUACUGAUAUAUAAUAUAUACAUAUAUAUAUAUUUAUAUAUAUGUUUAUAAUUUAGUUUAUAUAAUGUUUAUAAUUUAGUUAAAUGUAAUAAUAUUAAUAAUUGAUAAAAAUGUGAUAAAAAAAUAUAUAAGGAGUUUAAAAUUUAAAACAGUUAAUAAACAUUUGUAUUAAUUUGAUUAAAAUUAUUUUAUAUAUUUCAUUUGAAUACAUAUGAAAACAUUAAUAUCAAACAAAAGUCUCUUCUGUUAAAACAAAAAGUGUACAACUCUAGUCAAAUAGUGAUGUAUUAAAAUUAGAUUAUUUCAAUACAUAAUCUUUUAGAAUUUAGUUAAUAUUUGUUUAUAUUUAUAUUUAUAGAAUUGAUGAAAUAGAAAUUGAUAAAAAUAAAUAAAUAAUUUACAAAAUGAGAUGAUUAUGUAAGUAUGACAAUAAAUUGAGUACUUAGAUAGAAUUAAACUUUUAAAUAAAUAAAAAUUUUUUUUUUAAUAGAUAAAAAUUUAAACAUACAAUUUUCUUUUUUUUCAUAAAAUAUAUAAUAUAACUCAUUUCUUUCAAUUCAUUUAAUAAUAUAAAUGUGAAAUUUUGUUAUAACUAAUAUUUAAUUACUAUUAAUGUUUAAUUUUUUUCCGUGAAAAAUAUUGUAUAUUGAUCACAAAGAAUGUAUAUUUAUAAAACAUAAUGAGUUAAAUAAUUAUAUAAAUUAAAAAUUAUUUUGCUAUUAAUAAAAAAAAUUAAUCAUUUUAUACUUAUAUCAUUUUACGUACAUUUUACAUUCCAUAUUCAUAAAAAAUAUAAAUAAUAACAUAUUAAUUUUAUUUUAAGAUACUAUAUUUUUUAACAUAAUAUAUUUAAGAUUUUAAUUAAUACUCAUUAUAUUAGAACAAAAUUUCACUGUAUAAAAUAAAAACCAUGUAUUACUUCUUUAUAAAUUUUGCAACAAAAAAAAUAUUUCAAAUUGUUAUGAAUGUUUAGAAUUAAUUAAAAAAACAUUGAAUAAUAAGAUGAAAAAUAAUAAAAUAAUUAUAAUAUGAGAAUUCAUCGAACUAAUAUAAUAUAAUUUUACUUGAUAUUAUAUGAAAAAUAUUAUAUUUUUACGUAUAAUUUAAUAUCAUUAAUUUCAUAAAUCUAUUUAAAAAUAAUUAAAAUUUUGAUUAAAAUAUAUCCAAUAUUUUAAAAAAUUAUAAAUCUUUUUAUGUAUGUUAAUUUUUAAUCUUCUGAGCUCAUCUAACAUAGAAAAUUCAAUAUUAGUUUUAAUUAGUUAGGAAUAAGUAAUAAAUAUUUCUAUGUGAUCAAUAUGUUAAUUGUCAAUCUUGUAUGAUGUGAAUAUAAUAUUUUAUUUGAAAUGUUUGAUACAUUAUCAAUCAUUUAAUCAAGUAUACGUAGUCAAUGUCUUUACUUUUCUGUAUUUUGUAAUUUUUGACAUAUUAUAUAAUGUAAGGAUAUAUAAAUAAAUAUAAAAUGACACUAUACACGCAAUAUUAAUGGAAUAAUAUUGCUUUUAAAUUAAGUCAAAAUAAUGAAAUAUAGAUUUAAAAAAUUAUAACAUUAUAAUAAUAUUUAAUAAUAAUAAUUUAUGUAUUAUCAGAAUAUAGUAUAUAAUAUUACCUAUUUAUUAAUAUACAUAUACAUAAAUAGUUUGUGAUUACACACACAUAUAUACAUAUAUACAAUAUAACAUAACAUUUAAAAAUGUAUUUGCAUUUAGUAAUUAUACUAUAUAGUAUACUAAACAACACCAAAAUCAUUUUUAAUAAGGCAUUUUAAUAAUUAUUUACUUAUAAAAAAAUGUAAUACUUCUUUAUUUUCAUACAAAUGAUACAAAAAUUGAUAUUAAUAUCUUGAAAUAUUUAAUAAGUAUUUUAUAAUCAAUUGAAUCAAUUAUGAAACAAUAUGAUUUAUUAAAUCAAUUAAAAUCAAUAUAUUAUAAUUUGCAGUAUAUUUAUAGUCAUUAUAUAUAUAUAUAAAUUUAUUAUAUAUAUAUAAUAAGAUAUAACUGAAUAAAAAUAUAGAAUAAAGUUUUGUACGAGUUUUUAUUUUUGAGAAAAUAGUUUUUAAAUUCUGUAUAGUAAAUGUACACUUAAUUGUAUUUCGAUAUAAUUUUGGAUAAAAGAUUUCAUUUUAUAUUAAUUUUGUUUAUUAUAUUUAUUUAUUAUAUUUUAUGUAUAAUAAAAAACAUAUAAUAAAACAAGAUAUUCAAAAUAUUUUAUUAUAAUAUUAUAAAUGUUAUAAAUAUACAAUGAAAGAAUUAUAUUUUAAAAUAUAUUUUAAAAAAAUAUUUAUCCCAUUGAAUUUUGCUUGUAUUAAAUUUUUUAACUAGAUUUUUUAACUACAUAUUACAAUUAUUAAAUGUAAAUAUCAAAAUUAAAUAUUAAUAUAUCAAACAAAUAUUAUUAAUCUUUUGAAAAUAAUAUCUCGUAUAAAAAAUUUUAUUCUAUAUUUAGAUAUAGGUUUUAAUUAUUGAUAGAAUUAUUGAUUUAUUUGUAACAUUAUCAAUUAUAAUAUCAUAAGCAUGUGUAUAUAUAUAUAUAUAUAUAUAUAUAUAUAUAUAUGCUUGUUGUUUUUAACAUGUAUUAUGUUUUUGCAAAUAAUUCUAUUAUAUUAGAUAGAAAUAAUACAAUGAUAGAGUUAAUAAUAAUUCAAACUACAAAAUAAUUUUUCUAACAUAAUCCAAAGAUAAUUUGAUAUAAAUUAUUCUAUAAUUCUGUUUUUUACUGCCUUGUGAAUGUGAUUUAUUUGCUUGAACAAAGUGCAAUAUUAAUUAUAUUCUAUAUAAUAUUGCGUGAUAGUGUCGAUUUUUGACUUCCAUAAAUAAGAAUAGAAUUAUAUUAGAAUAUAAUAAGACAAGCACAGCACAUUUCAAUCUGUACUUUUAUAAAGACAUGAUAAAAAAUUAUAAACAUUGGAACAUAAACUUUUGCGUCCAUCAUAAAAAUAAUUACAUUUCAAUGUUAAUAUCUUGUAAAUUCAAUCAGAUUUCGUGUAUGCUUUUGGAAAUUUUUUACCUGCUAUAUUGGAAAUGUUGGAAUCAAUAUUUUAUUAAAUUUAUUAUUUUAUUUUGCUAAUAAUAAAAAACAAUAUUAUAAUUUGCAAAUAAUUUUAUCACACAAAUUAUAAAAUUUUUUUUGAAAACUUAUAAUAUAAUUAUAAUAAUGUGUAAUUAUUAAAUUUUUCAAAUCAAUUUUUUAAUUAAUAAUUGUUUUUUAUGAUUAAAUAUCUUCUAAAAAUAUAUUUUUAAAUUAAUAUAAUUUUUAUUUAAAAUAUAUCAUGUAUGAUCAUGUACAAUAUAAUCAUACAUUCUAAAAUUCUAUUCAUAAUUUUAUAUAAAAAUAUUUAAUUAUAAUUAUUUUUUAUUUUAACAUACUAUAAAUUUAUUAUAGAUAUAUUACUUUAUUUUUUCAUUUAAUUAGUUUUUAAUGAUUCCUCAUUACUAUAUAUCUAUAUAAAUAGAUCUAUUGAAUCAAAGAUCUAUUGAAAGUACAAAUAUAUAGCAACACGAUCCUGAUUGAAUAAUGGAAGAAAAGAGUUGUAAAGACAUAUUAAAGGAGAGAAUGUGUCUAGUAGAAUAAUAUAAAAGUUUGAAUGCUCUGUCAGUUUGCACUUAAACAUCUUUUUAUUUAAAUACCUAUCUUAAAAUAAUAAUGUAAUUUACUUUUUAUUGAAAAUGCAAUGAUUGUAUAUGGGCUGCGUUUGAGUCAUGAUUGAAUGUAACAAUUUAUUAACUAACAUAAAAUAAAUUAAAAAUAUUGGGAAAGUAAAAUAAUUACAUGCUUAUUAUCAUAUAAAAUAAAAUAUAUGAAUUUUUUAGUUCUAUAUAAAAAUUGUUAAAAUUAUAUUUAAAAAAAUUAUUAAAUGAUAUCAAAGUAUGAUGGUUCAACACAGAGUUGCCUUUAGAAUAUAUUUAAUAUUACAACUUGUACAAUAAAAGUAUACAUGUUAUAAUAAAUUAAUGGUUAUAGAUUUAUUUUUAUUUGCAUAUAAUUUUUUAUAAUAAUUGAAACUAAACUUACAAAUAUUUAUAUAAUGAUUAAAUUAUAUUACUUUAUAUAUAACAUCAUCUUUAUUUGCUAUUGUUACUAUUUCCAUUUUGACUGGACAAUGUAACCAAUAACUUAACAAUUGCUCACAAUAACCAAGUAGAAAAUGCAUUCUAAUAGCUGGUAUUUUACGCAAGACGAUACCAGCUAUCCUAAUUAUGUUAUGUUGUCGUUUAAUAAUUAUCUCACUUACAAAUAAUUUAUGCCAAGUACCUUCAAUAAAAUUUCGAAUAAAAAUAUCUUCUAUAACAGUUUCUGAUGGCCUAUUACCAUCUUUUACAUUUGCUAAAAAAAAUAAUAUAUUUAUUAUAUUUUGUAUUUUGUAAGAAAUUUGAAAUCAAUAUAUAGAUUUUUAUUUUUACAUAUGAUUUUAACUUUACAUAUAUCAAAUAUUAAAAAUAUUACUAUUAAUAAAACAAAUUAAAAUUAUAAUUAUUUUAUAUACAUGUAUUCCAUGAAUUCCAAGAUUUUCUAGCAACAAUAUAUUCUGGAGGAUUUGCCAUUUCAUAUGUUAGUGAUUGUAUCAUUUUUGGUUUUGAUCUAUAACGUGCAGAUUGUACUUUAUUAAGUACUGUGCUAAUAUGUAAGUAUCUCUUUAUAAUAUUAUUUUGAUUAAUUAAUAUCUGAAAAUAAUUUGUUAUUUUUAAUUUAAAUCAAAGAUAAGGUUACCUUGUACCUUAUCUAUAUAUAUUUUUAUUAGAUUAAAUACAUACAGAACGUAUUGUUAUUGGAUUCAUUGUUUUUACACUUUUUUUCAAUGUAAUAAUUAAAUAAUUAAUAAUUGUUUAAUAUGUUCUUACAUAAUAUAUAUUUAAUAACAAAAGAUAAAUUCCUAACAGUAAUACCAAACUGUUAAAAUAAA